AUGAAGACAGGUGCUAAUUGGCAACCAAGUUGGGAAACAAGACGAGUAACAAACAUCCAAGGUUCUCUAGCUGUGAUUUCUACAAAAGGUGAUAAAAGUUGGAUUUGGAUUAGGCGAGAUGCUUCUUGGUCUGUGGUUUAUAAAUUGGAAAAAAAUAAAGUUGGGGAAGGUGUAAUGGAAGUUUUGCAACUGAACAACAAUUGUGAUUUGUUGCUACGUACUUACUCUCACGGGCUUCAAGUUUAUAAUCCCAAGACAGGGGCGGGAUCAAGAAGACCAGGUUUGGCACUACCUUUUAUUCGGAUGGAAAGAUGGGCUUAA